GAUCAAGCAUAUUAGCUGCCGUCCCCAUGGCGAGGAAUCCUGAUUCCUCAUACUGGUUUCUGGCCCGGUUCUAUCCUGCGAUUUUUCCUCUGCUUGGAUUUUGUUCAACCCCCAAGACUAUACAGUGAGACGAUAUCGUCUCCCGUGCUAGGAUGACGCUCCUUGGCCUCCUCCACGGCUUGCCCGUCUGGCGAUUGCUCUUUUCUACUGGCUACUGCGGCGGGCUAGCGUGGUUGGGAUAUUAUUGUCUCUGGUCAGUCUCGCUUCGCCAUGCAACGGCAGCCAUCAUGGAAGUCAGGAGAACCAGCCGAUUUGCAGACGGUACUCCGUUGCUCCGUCGGUUCUCACCCUUUCCUACUUUGGAUGCAAAACUCGUGCCCGCUGUGAUUUUCUAUAAUGGGCUCAUGGAUGGGUCGGACCCGGUACACCGCCUGCUGCUGGUGGACAUCCAUUCGACGAUGCAGGCUACUGCACUCUGUAUCCUUGUCAGCAGCCGAUCUUCGUCGUCAUCCAGUCUAUUCUUGAUAGUCCCCACGAUAUGGAACAUCUUCAAUCAAUUCUACGGCGCCGCCUUCGUCUAUCCUCUCUACCUCCUGUUGGAGUCCGUGAGCCGCGGUUUCGACACGCUUCGUCCGGUGGACAAUUCCCGGGUCUCGGCAGCAUUGCUGGUCAGCGCCCUUCUGGGCUCACUCCUGCCUUUCACUUUCUUAUUCCCGGCGUUCAUCCCCUGCAGCGUCGCACGAAAACAGCGAGCAAUCGCACUCUACCGUUUCGCCCCCAUCAUCUUCGCGCUAGUGCAAUGGGUGGGAGAGCACCUCCCGCUUGAGGCUCUGUCUGUGGGUGUCCACCCCGACUCGGCUCCUUAUGUUGCGGCUGGGCUGGCAGCUGCAGUGGGUCAUUUCUAUGCGCUUGGUGGGGCUGUUGCUGCGGCCCGGCAACCUCGGGGCGGCACCAUCCGCUGGAGCCAUAUCGGAUACGUUUUUCGCAGGCUCUAUCUCCCUAGUGCUACGCCGCCCCCUUCUGGUAUCGCCGUGCUCCCUCAGGCCGCUCACACGUUCCUCCAAUACGACGUUUGGAUACUCCUGGCGGCGUUCGUUCCGUACGCAUAUUUGUUGUUGGCGCCGGUUGUCAGCAUGUCUUUUUGGAUCGUCAUUCCAUGCCUGCUGUCAGCAACGGUGGCACUGGGUCCAGGGGCGAUGUUGGCGUUUGCUUAUGCCCUUCGGUGGCACGUAUCCUGACACUCGACCAAAUGGACGGAGGUUUCUAAACUGCGAGCACACUGUCUUGCCCAGUUCCUGUUCGUCAGUUGACUUGGACUACCCAGGAAGUGAAAGGGAAGAGCACAGUCUGAAUAGGGCUGUCCGGUCCAGUUUAUCUCCUGACAUACAGUCAACAAUAUACCUCCCGAUCAAUGAUGCAAGGUGAAGAGGCCAUGCAUAUGCAAGUUAUAUACGAUAGAUAAGGAUUAAAUCCAGAUGACAGGAAGCCCAGAAAAAUCGAGAAUUGAAUCAAACCUGAAGGCAAGUAGGCCAAGGAUGCUAUCCCCACAACAUGUUGAACCAAUCGUGCGGAUGCCAUCCAAGACGACUCGCAACCAGUGAUGCUCCCUUGCCAC